CUUGAUCAGACAGUCAGGCUGGAAGGACAAUGCUCAUCCUCUUCAUCGUUUCUCCCCGACUCUACACCAGACUUGAUUAUCAUGAGCGUUGCUGAACAAAUUCGAGUUCGCGUAGAUGACUCAAAUUCUGAUGAGGGCAAAGUAUUGUGUGGCAUCUGUCGUAGACAGUUUUCUAGGUAUACGUGCCCGGGGUGCAAUGUUUCUUACUGCAGCCUGACGUGUUUUCGUUCAGAGGCUCAUUCCCAAUGUUCGGAGACAUUUUAUCGAAAGGAAAUUCAGACUAGCAUCAAAUCAAAGUCUUCGAAAACACACGAGGAGAGGGAAAAGAUGCUUGAGUUGCUGAAGCGUCUCGAAGACCAAAUUGAAGAGGAAGAUAGCAGCUUGCUGCGUAACCAGGAUGAAUCCGACAGUGACGCCAAUGACCUCGUCUCUAGAUUCGCCGGCGUGGAUAUUUCUUCAACAUCAUCCGAUGAAUUACUCAGACUUUUGACCAAGGAAGAAAUUGACAAGUUCUUCAAUGCGCUCAGGGACCCAACCGGUCAACUGGCUCAACAAUUACUGUCUAGUGAGGAGUUGCAGUCUGUGAGGCAGGAGCCAUGGUGGGAAGGUUCUUUGGAAGGAUCUCCGGGCGGGAACAUGCAAUAUGGAUCAAAACCUGCACUCAUGGAGAUCCCGCUCAAGCUCCUAAAGCACCAGUCCGGUAGUCCCUCUCUGAUUUACAACAUUUGCGCUGUCCUUAUUGCUUAUGCGUUCGCUACCCGCCAUUUGUCUGUUUCACCAUUAUCCUUGGCGGAAAAUGAUGCGUCGGAUGAAGCAGAGGCGCGCAGAAUCAUCUCGCAAGCCGUCCCGUUCCUGAUAGCUCGUCAGUCACAAGUGCUGCACUCGACGCUAGGCAGUGCUGUCACAGACGUGUGGUCACGCUUUGACCCUGGGACCGUGGGCGCCAUGUCUUUGUCGGUGCUCUUGCAUGAUUCAUUCAUCAUGAUGAGACCCAGAAAAGUGGUCGCCGCAUCUUCUGGUCACAGCUCAUUAAGUGAUCAUCCGUCUGUUACAUUAUUAGCCGCAUUGUCGGACCUCUCAGGUCUUUUCGCUCCACGCUCAAUUGGUGUGCCUAGCCACAUUCAGAUGAAGCUUAAAUUUUACGCCGCUCAAAUCCUGUCGACGCCACAUUUCGUCCUUCGCGCCCUUGCGACCGAACUACAAGAUUACGCCCGGGCCCUGAAGGCGGAGGCAGUAAUCAAUCCUAGUCCCCAGGAGAUGAACCUUCACGCUUCACUGCCAAAGCCGGCAUCAAAUCAUAAUACUACAACCAACGGCCGAGGAUUUGGGCCAUUGAUUGAGGAGUAUCCUCAGUAACGCGGAGGUUCUGUCUGUUGGUCAAUCCACGGUUUCUAUUCUUUCGAAUGUGUCUUUAAAAUACAUGGUAGCAUGUGGUGAUGCAUAAUACUGAUACUUAGUAAUGGACGCGAGUCCGUGGAGGACGUGAAAUCAAAACCUGUGGCCUUAUUUAUGCA